GCACACAUGAAAUUAUCUAAAACGAGAAUUUUUUGUCACUUAGAUCGAACCAACCGUGGUAAACCUUUAGCUAAAUCUUUAUCCGCUACAUAAAAACGUAAUGUUGGUAGAAUUUUCACCACAACUAACAUUACAGAUUAACGUAGCGUUCGGGGACCAUGCUUGGACGUGUGUACCCUAGCCCAUAAUGUUUUCUAUGACGUCACACACACGAUAGGUUUUAGGUUUUCGUGGCGAAGUCGUUUUUAGGCAAGAGAAUUUUGCACGAUUUGUUUGACUGUUCAUCGCAACCCAAACCACCAUGUCUGCUCAAGAGCAGAUGCGUAAAAUGCUCGACGAGCUUAUGGGAACAAGCAGAAAUGGUGAAGAGGAAGCAAUCAACCAUGUCAGCUUUGAGAGCCCGCAGGUCUGUCGUGCGUUUCUGCUCAACGCUUGUCCUCACGACAUUCUGGAAGGCACGAGAAUGGACUUGGGUGCUUGCAGCAAGAUUCACGACCCAGCCCUGCGUGCCGACUACGAAAAUGCCUCCCAGCGCAGAGAGUUUGGCUAUGACGUGGACGCUAUGCAGCAACUGAGUGCCUUCAUUGCUGAGUGUGAUCAUCGCACAGAAAUAGCCAAGAAACGGCUGGCCGAGACGCAGGAAUCUCUCAGCCAAGAAGUCAAUACCAAGGCCAACCGCGUCCACCUACUGGCCGAGGAGAUUGGCAAGAAGCUGGCCGAGGCAGAAGCCCUGGGUGAGAAGGGAGACGUGGAGGAAUCCAUGAAGAUCAUGGCCGAGGUAGAAGAAAUCAAGAAGAAGAAGUACGAGGCAGAGGAGGAAUACAAGAAUUCCAUGCCAGCGUCCACUUACCAGCAGCAGAAGCUGCGCGUCUGCGAGGUCUGCUCGGCCUACCUGGGGCUGCAAGACAACGACCGAAGGCUGGCCGAUCACUUUGGUGGCAAACUCCACCUGGGCUUCAUCGAGAUCCGGGAGAAGCUGCAGGACUUGCGAACUCGAGUUGCUGAGAAAAAGGAAGCAUAUGAAGCUGAGCGAGCUGAACGGAGGAAGACACAGGAACAAGAACGUCUGGAGCGAGAGAGAGAACGGGAGAAGGAACGUAGAGAACGCAGAAGGAGGUCUCGUUCGCGCUCUCGGUCUCGUUCUCGAACAACCAGACAACGCUCAAGGUCUCGGUCUAGAAGACACUCGAGAUCACGCUCUAAAGAUCGCCGUCGUAGGUCACGAUCGCGCUCCCGAGACAGACGCCGCCGGUCCCGCUCUCGAGACCGCGACCGCCGCCGCCGAUCUCGCUCCCGUGAUCGCGACCGACGUCGCAGGUCUCGCUCCCGUGAUCGCGACCGCGACCGACGCCGCAGGUCUCGUUCCCGCUCCCGCUCUCGUCGCUCUCGAUCUCGUGAGCGCCGGCGGGACAGAGAUGAGAGGGACAGGCGGAGGCGGUCCCGAUCAGAGUCUGGCGACCGGAAGUCACGCUCCAAGUCGGAGAAGGCGGAGUCUUCACCCAUCCCCCUGGAGACAGCUGAUGCUGACGAGUUAUCCGUUCCUCCACCUACAAAGGAAAGCCCAAGCGCCGUUUCCCAAAAUGGAGUCGAAAGUUCACCACAGAAAGAGAACGUUGCAAUGGAAGAAGGAGAAACCAGUGAUAGUCCCUGAACGAUACCCAGCAUUCACCCAUGGAGUUUUCUCCUUGUAUAGAACCAAGGUUUGUAGCCAAAGGCUUACAGUUGGUUGAAUUUCAUUUUUUUAUGAGAAAAGGAGACAGAUUAACAGUGAAGUUUGCAUUAGGCUGCUUUCCAUAGAAUUAAAUAAGUUGAGUUUCUCAAACAUAUCUGUUAUUUGAAUGCACAUUGUACUUCAAUCCUACCUCAUUCACAAAAAAUGAAAUAAGGGGUUUAACUUUCUGUGACUUCCUUUGGGUUCUGGAAUUGCUCUAUUAUUUUCAAUCUAAGUUUUGAGGGAAAUUAUUUCCUUUUUGCAAAAGGUAAAGGCCGUUACGUUCGCACUAAAAAGUUUCAUAGACGUUGACAGGACAUAUUUGUUAUUUGUGUAAAGCGUGGAUGGGGUUUCUGAAUCCUGGUAAUCUUUUUUUUUCCAUUUUCUGUGUUUAUUGCAGCAUCUAAGCUUGAUCUUAAUGUCCGAAUUUUUGAUGACCUGUAGUACAUCAAAAGGAAUAAAAAGCUCCAUUUCCAUGUUUGUAUUUUGUGAUGUGGUAUACUCCUAUUUACUAAAUUUACAUUUACUGCUUUCAUAUUACCGGUAGGUAAAAGAAACAAAAUGUGAAGAUUUGUACCCUCCCUCUGAUAGGAGAAUGUUACUGAAAUUACUAGUCAGCUGUACAUUUAGCCAUACAGAUAGGAUACACAUUAUUGGAAUGCUUGAAAGGGGAAGUUAUGGCUCCAUUUCAAUAAAUUCUUAUCUACAAUGUACAAUUUAUAUUGAAAGGCACAAUUCUUGUAUCAAAAAAAUGCCCUUACAAAGUUUAGUCUUGAAGUAAUUAGGAGAGAUAUUGGAGCCAGAAAAUAUCCACAUGAUAAUAGAAUGCAUGUCAUGCCGGAAUUGGCGUGGAUAUGUCUUGGCUGAUAAUGUCUACCAAAACACCCUUUGAAACGGGCAGCUUUUGCAAGAUUGCUGGUAUUUUCCUUUUUAUUUUUUACUUUUCUUUUAAGCAGAUUGUGGAAACUUCUUUAUGUGUGUUCCUGCAUGUUUAUACAAUGCUACUCCCUUGCUUGGCUGUAAAAAAAAAUUUGCUGCUCUAAUGCGAAAACCCUUCUCUCAGUCCUCAAACAUGUACAUAUUCUUCUUGUUGACCACUUGGAAAUGAGUUGGUGUUCAAUAAAUGGAAAUUCCUAGUGGAGAAAAUACAGUAUA